CUUCUUCGACCGAAUUGGAAGAAUGAUUCCGUGGAUCCAUCAUUGUGGAGUCCUUCAGAAGGAUACAGGAUGCAUGUGUUCCCCUAGUUUAUGAUCCUACGAUUGUAAGUGGAGUAGUCAUUAGACUUGCAUGGAGUACUGGGAUCUUCUUAAGAACAUGCUUGCGGGAUGGAUCCGUGCCAGUGGGGCGUGUCCAACUAUAAAGAACGACCAGUCUGAGUCUACACACAUUUGCUCACAAACUAUAUCCAUCCUGUCUCCUACUGCUGGUGCGGAGAUAGUCCCGGGCCAAGAUGUCACUGUCCAAUUGGCCUUUGCGAAUUCACUCACUGGAGUGGAGCACGUCGCCGCCGUGGUUGCCAUGAUCAACUGUGCUGGAGCACCUUGUCCUGCAGAUGCUAGCGACACCCUUGGUAUCCCUCUUUUCGCGGGUAACUACACACCACAGUACCAUGAACAAAAUCUGCCCCCAUACGAGAACUAUACCGUGACCGUUUCCAGCACGCUUGCGGUUGGAACAAAUAUGUUGACUGUCGCUCACUUUAUGCUGGUCGGAGUAAGUGUCCUUUAUUGUCAAGGAUGUUCCCCAGGAAUGAACAUACUACUCUUAUACAUAGGCCUCUGCGGUUCCGGUGUUAGAGUUCGCCAACGUCACAGUGUCAACGCCGUCCUCAAGUACUCGUAGGGAGAUUUCGAUUCGAGGACGUACUAUUAGUACAUAAUAAACUGAAUGUAUAAUGGACUAUAAUUGGGAGUCUUAUGGGAGCUUCAGAUGAUUACCGCCGCACCUUCAGGUGUAGUUUUUCCACUUGAAUUUUGAUUCAGAUUUUUCUUGGGAAGUUGAACGCGGCUUUCAGCCUUUUCUAACGGAGCCAGCUCUCAUCGCUCCCACUGCACCAUACGCUCCUAAGCUACUAGCACUUCUAUGGGUCAAUGGCUUAUCCAGCAUUUGACCCUCAUUGGCCCUCAUUCCAUAGUCCAUGAGUCGAGAGAAAACGAGGGAGCUCAGGGUCGCCACCGUUAUAUAAUCAGAUAU